GGUAAUCUUCCUCUAUCGACGGACGCUCACUCCCACAUCUCGCUCUUUCCUCUUCCUUCACCAUUCUUCAUCAUUCCCAAAUCAAAAGCAUCAUCACUAGAUCUCUAUCUGCGAAAAGCUUCACGAACAAUGUCUUGGCCUACGGAAUCCGAGUUAACUGCCAUUAAAGAGACAGUGUCCAAGAUGACGGGGAGAGAUAGGGAGGAAGUUAGAGUGGUGGUAGCGCCGUAUCGUAUAUGUCCUUUGGGAGCUCACAUUGAUCACCAGGGUGGAGCUGUAUCGGCUAUGACGAUUAAUAAAGGGAUCCUUCUUGGUUUUGUUCCAUCGGGCGAUACUCAGGUCCAGUUACGUUCUGCACAAUUUGAAGGAGAAGUAUGUUUCAGAGUAGAUGAAAUCCAGCACCCAAUAGGCCUAGCAAAUAAAAAUGGUGCAGCAAAGGAUAAAAGCAUCUGGGGCACUUAUGCCAGAGGAGCGCUUUAUGCGUUACAGAUGAGCAAGAAGAAUCUCAAACAGGGCAUUGUUGGCUGCAUCAGUGGCUCUGAUGGGCUAGAUAGUUCUGGGCUUAGUUCAUCAGCUGCUGUUGGUGUGGCAUACCUGCUAGCUUUAGAGAAUGCAAACGAAUUGACUGUAUCCGCAACAGAGAAUAUCGAAUAUGACAGGCUUAUUGAGAAUGGGUACCUGGGUCUGCGGAAUGGAAUUUUGGAUCAAUCAGCUAUUUUGCUAUCGAGUUAUGGGUGUCUAACAUACAUGGACUGCAAGACGAUGGACCACAAGCUCAUACAGGGUCCUGAACUGGAGAAACCAUUCAGGAUAUUGUUGGCAUUCUCAGGCCUGAGGCAGGCAUUGACCACCAACCCAGGAUAUAAUCUGCGGGUUGCCGAAUGCCAAGAAGCUGCGAAAGUUCUCUUGACUGCAUCUGGGAACAGCGAGCGGGAACCUACCUUGUGCAAUGUUGAUCAUGCGGUCUAUGAAGCUCACAAGCAUGAGCUGAAAUCGGUUUUAGCUAGAAGAGCGGAGCAUUACUUCUCGGAAAACAUGCGGGUUACUAAAGGAUUGGAAGCAUGGGCUACAGGCAAUCUUGAAGAAUUUGGAAAGCUAAUUUCAGCGUCAGGCUUGAGCUCUAUCGAGAAUUACGAAUGCGGUGCGGAGCCACUGAUUCAGCUAUACAAGAUUCUACUAAAGGCACCUGGUGUAUAUGGAGCACGGUUCAGUGGUGCAGGCUUCAGGGGAUGUUGUCUAGCCUUUGUGGAUGCAGAACAAGCUGAGGCAGCUGCUUCGUAUGUGAAGGAUGAAUAUGAAAAGGCCCAACCCGAGUUUGCCAAGAAACUGAAUGGAGGUAAACCUGUUCUCAUCUGUGAAGCUGGUGACUCUGCUCGUGUUCUCUGAUCAAACUGGAAGUCUUGUUCCCUCGAGUGCUCUGUUAUAUGUUUUCUUGAUUCUUGCUUCUUCAUCUCUUUUUGAUUCUCUCUCUCUGUGAGAUUCUCUGGUCUUUCUAGUCAAGAGUUAUAGAAAUGGAGCAUGGAUUGAUACGUUUCUUUUGUUACCAACAGUUUGACAAUACAUAAUGUAAAUCAUCUAAUCCUAUUU